AUGGCAAAUUCCCAUCUAAAGCUGAUUUAUUUCGAUGGAAUGGGCCGCGCUGAAGCGGCUCGGUUAUUGCUGGUUGCUGCAGGAAAACAGUUCGAUGACAUCCGACUCCCAGAGGAAGACUGGCCACAGCACAGCCAUCUGGCGCCGUUUGGUCAAUGUCCACUUCUUGUAGUUGAUGGCGUCACAUACGCUCAGAGCGUGGCCAUCAAGACUUACCUGGCUCGAGAACUGGGCUUCUAUGGUCAUUCAAAUAUUGAAUCCUUACAAAUCGACCAACUGGUUCAGCUAAUCGAAGACCUCACUAACAUCUGCGUUCCUGUGGUAAUUCUUACAGAUGAAGAGCAGAAGAGGAAAGAACUUGCGAGAAUCAAAGCUGACGUAAGCCCAAUCUAUCUUGGUCAUCUAGAAAGGCUGUUAAAAGAGAAUGGUACUGGUUAUUUUGUAGAUAACCGCCUAACACUGGCUGACCUUGUUGCAUUCGAUGUUGUUACUGGAAUGUUGAAGGACUAUGUAGACGUCACGGAGAAGUAUCCUCUGCUGCAAAAAAAUGUGGAUAUUGUCAGAUCUGAUGGUAAAAUCAGGCCCUAUGUUAAGUCUAGACCCAUUACACCCUUCUAA